UUCCGAAUCGUCCGACUGGUGGUCCCCGACUCGACAAGCGCACGUGCGCCAACGCAUAAACGGCAGAAAGUCAAGGCGGAAAUUUGACAGGUGCGGUGUUCUGAUAUUGCCGUGGAUGUGAUUACACCUACUGGAAUAAUAGCUCAGCCGUUUAAAGUAUGUUAAAUGCUAGAUAGUUUUCUGAUUUUUCUUGCUUUGAGCUUUCAUGUGCUAUCACUUUUACCUCAGUGUCUAGUCUCAGUCUGGAAGCUAUUUGGGAGAGCCCUAAAGGUGAACAUCAAAUCAACAUGAAACAUUUAACCCAGUGUGUGGUGCUAGGUCUGCUGGCAUCAGUGAUAAACUGUGAUGACCUAUUUGUUGUGAACUCUCCGGAGGGCGGGAUCGCCUUCUCAGACACAGUCAAGGAGGUCAAGUCCAGUGAGCUGGAGAACAUCCUCGACACCGUCUCUGGAGUCACCUCGCCAAAGGGGAGCUGGGCGGGCGCGCGCGUGCUCUCUCCGUUCCGGUACCCUCAGCUGGUCUCCCUGGUCACGGUGGCUGUCUCGGAUCCCGAGCCGCUGCCGGGCUCCGACCAGUGGAAACACUUCAAACUGGACGGACCUUCCCCAGACGCCGACACCGCCUUCCACAAGCUGCACGUGCGUCUGGCCGGCCAGCCCAACACGCUGCCCACCAUCAAGCUCGAAGCCGAACAGGAUGAGGACUUCACGGCCGAGGCGCCGCAGUCUGCCGGCUCCCUGAACGCGUCGAAGCCGGCGGCGCGCCUGCUGCUGCGCGAGCUCUCUCUCCUGGACGGCGCCGGGGCGCAGCUGACGGAGCAGCCGGGCCGGCGCGCCGUGCUGCUCUCGCUGCACGCGCUGCCGGGCGCGGCGGCCGAGGGUGCCGGCGCGGCGGCGGCGCGGCAGCUGACGGAGGCCGUGGAGCGAUACGCGGCGGCCGCCAGCCAGGCCACCGACGGCCGGGCGCUCACGCUGCUGCUCACCCAGCCGGUGGUGAGCCGGCGCGCCCGCUCACUGAUGGCUGACCCGACCGUCGAGCCGGACACUGUGGACCUCAACCUGGCCGGGGUCUACUCGGACGACUACCCGGUCAUCUUCAACAUCCUGCUCAUCACCUCCCUCAUCCUGGUCUACAUUCUGGUGGCCUUCUCCAUCAUGACCGCCUACAUGGACCCGGGUAAGGAUUCCAUUAUCUACCGCAUGACCAACCCCAACAUGAAGAAGAACAACUAGAUGACACGGACGACCACUUCUUCCGUCACUGUGCCGCCACAUGUGCGCGCAUCGAAAGCUCCAACCCUCAUCGGAGCAGCUGCAAUUGAACACCCAUGAUCUGCGGUGGAAUCGCUACCGCCCGGCGCAUUAUACAAGCGCUGAACUGGGACUGAAACAAAUUCCUCGAAACGUAUAUGAUUUGUCCUCAUUUGUGAUAUAUCCACGAUGUUACGAUCCCAGUAGAAGUACUCGUCUAUGUACAUACAGACAGAUGGAACAUUCCAUGCCCUAUAGCCGUUUAGUCGUGUGAGUGGGAGGCACCCGCCUGAGUUGUGUCCAUCGGCGUAGGAACAUCUGCCGUCUACCCGUGGCCUAUGUUGCAGCUGUCUAGCUCGUAAUCCUGGGUGCGACACAGCGGGACGAGUGCUGCCUCUGAACAUCCUGUUGUGAAUAGUGUGUCUAUGUGUAUGUAUAUGGCGGACGCACAGUUCUCAAAGGCCAGAACCACUAGAUAUGGUGUUUUAUUAUCUGUUUGGAAAGGAACGCAAUCGGAGCGUAGAACAAUACCGUAAAGGCAAACGCCUGGGAUGUUAGAGAAUGAAAAGGCGAUAGUCUUUUUGUUUGUUGAUUUGUUGCCAUGGUGACAAUUCUUGGUGGAGAUGCGGACAGCCUAACGUUAGGAGGUCGAAUAAUCGAAUCAUGUGAGGAGUGAGUGUGGCAUGCACGUUUCACGUGUGUGGUGGAUAUCUGGAGACCUUUAUGUAAUCUUGUGUGAGAUGCUACGUGUACGUUGAAUAUAGUAAAUAAAAACCGACGUAAAUGGCA